CCCUUUGCUCUGCGUCCUACAUCGCUCCUGUGUAACCAGGGCUUCAGUACAAGCCAGACACUAAUCAGAUUGUUGGGCCGAGUGUUGCCUGGCAACAGAGCUUUCAUUCAGCCCAUCUCAAGGGACUCUGAUAACGUCGGAGCUGAAGGGGGCAUUCCCAUCCACCGAGGUAUUUCGAAUGAACAGUCGUCGGAUUCGGUUGUGUUUGGGGAAGGUCGAGGCAGCGGCUAAGGCAAUGAACGUCAACAAGUCGGUAUAUUAAAGACGCACGUCACACAAAGAAGGCCAGGUUCUCACGAGGCGAAGGGAUCAACUAGGAUGUCUUGUUCACCAAUCAGAGGGCAACAAUGGGAAGCGUUGGCGAUCUUACCGGAAGUCGGCCCAUGACGUCACGACUAUGUCGGCGAAUCAAAAACAAGCUCUUAUUCUCAGGAGAUGGAGUGACGCCUCCCAACUGGCCCGUCAUCGGCCUCAUGUUCCUUGCACUGUUCGCCAGCGCCUUUACCCUGACAUUCCUGUUCCCCUUCCUCCCAGAGAUGAUCCUGGGCUUCGGAUACAGCGAGGAAGAGAAGGGAUACUAUGCUGGGCUGGUGGCCUCCUCCGUGUUCGCCGGUCGAGCUGCGGGCAGCUACUUCUGGGGAUGGCUUUCAGAUAGGAAGGGCCGGAAGUUGGUGCUACUGUUGACGCUAGGUGGCAGUGGUGUAUUCUCGCUCCUGUUCGGGUUCACGCAGAAUCUCGCCAUGGCCAUUGCUGCUAGGUUCUUCACAGGACUGUUCAGUGGAAUCCUGGGCACGGCCAAGACCGUCCUGUACGAGGUGUCAGACAACACUAACCAGGCAAUGGGAAUGUCCAUGAUCAGCCUGGCCUGGGGGGCAGGGAUCAUACUUGGUCCAGCUACAGGGGGUUACCUAGCAUCCCCGGUGGUGAAAUACCCAGAAACAUUCUCCCCUGGAUUCUUCACGCGCUUCCCCUACAUCAUUCCCGCCAUCGUCACCUUCUUCGUCAACGUCAUUGUCUUCCUCGUCCUAGCCUUCAAGAUGAAAGAGACGCUUCAUAGCAGGGAUUUCUUGAUAAAAAAUAUUGAAAGUGAACCUCUUCAAGAUGGCGGCCAGGUUCGAAAUGGAUGCCGAUGCAAUGACCUCAGACGUCACAAAUCUCACAAUGACGUCACGGAGUCAUAUCGCAGAGCUGACAUAUCAACAAAUUAUGAUUCACGAAGUACCGAAAUCAAUGAAUUAUCUCAAAAUAACGGUAACCGGAUAUCGGACACUCAUAAGACAAAUGAUAACGAGAGUAAGAACGAGGUUCAAAACGAGGCCAGUACCGCUCGACUCUAUUCGUCUGUUCCAAAUAUAUCAUCUGUUCCCAAUAGCGAAUCUGUGAUAACGAGCACUGAGAGGGAAUGUAUGUGUGAUUUGUAUAAUCAACGGAUGGAUGACACACGAAUGCUUAAAGACGAUGAUGGGAAAAGUUUCCAUUCUGCCCAUGGAUUGGAAUCGGACAGCCAGAAGCAGUCGUGCCAGAAUUCAGGGAUCUGUGUUGCAGUCCGAGAGAGUGCCUUGGUUACAAACAUGAGACAGAACGAUGUCCGCCAGUCAGUUAUUCUUUUCACCGUGUUCUCCUUCGCCAUCAUUGGCUUUGAAGACGUCUUCAACGUAUGGGCGUCUACUGAAACUCGUCUGGACGGUCUGGGGUUCAGCACGGACAAGAUCGGGACAGUGCUGUCCAUGGUGGGAAUACCGUUGUUGUUGCUGCUUAUCUUCAUCUUCUCAACUCUAGAGAGAAACUUUGGCAUAAAGAAGACCUACAUGAUUUGUGCCUUCAUCAUGAUGGUGUCGGUGACGGCAUGUCCAGUUCUCCAUCUGCUGUCUGACAGGCCUACAGUGCUGUGGCCAGUGAUGCUCCUCAUCCUCAUCCCGGAGAGGCUUUGUGCCAGCUGCUGCUUCUCCGCCACCGCCCUCUUCAUCAACAACUCAGUCACACCCGACAACGCUGGUGCCGUCAACGGCAUUGGUAUGACCUUCACAGCUAUUGCAAGGACCCUGGCGCCAGCUAUGGGUGGAAGUGUCUUUGCCUGGACAGUAAGUCGUGGAUCUGGUCCGCCAUUAGAUGUCAGCUUUGCCUUCUUUCUCUUCGGGGUGGUGUUCUGGAUAACGAUACUCAUGUGUCUGAUAUUGCCGGAGAGACUCAACAGACAGAAGAAGUAAACAGACAGGCGAAGAAAACAGACAGUCAUUCAUUCAAAUGCAUAUUCAUCACUGAUUUCACUUUCCAGAACGAAAGGUGGGCUUUGUCCAUGGAACAUAUGUUGAACUUCUACAUCCAGCGAGUAUUUGUUUGUUUGUAUGUUGUUUAACGCUGCACACAGCAAUAUUCCAGCUAUAUGGCGGUCUCUAAAUAAUCCAGUCUGGACCAGACAACCCUGUGAUCAA